GCUGGGAUUCCUGCUAAAAAGGCAGCUAAAAGCUGAAACUAAAGCAUGCAUCUGUACCCUUGGGACCUUGACCCCAAAGAAAAUUCCAGUAGAACACUAACUUCCUUGGUGUAAUAUUCUCACCUCUCAGAAAGCAGAAUAAAAAACAUGCAAUGGCAGAUUCUGUGGUCAAGAAACAGUAGGAGGGAUUUUGAGCAUGAAUAAAGGUACGGGCUGUUGUCAAAAGGGCAUUUGUCGGGACUUGCUUUAGUAAAGGUGUUUCACUGAGUUAUCUCAGAUAAUUGAUGAAAAUAUGAGUUUUUUCAUUAAAAAAGCAGCUCAAGUUGGUGAAAGUAUUCAGUUCAAGUUAUAACAUGAAGGAGAAUUAAAGCAAAUCUGUUUUGUUUUUGACAGCCACUAAAUCCAGACUAAAACAUGACUUUAGUGGAUGACUGCUUAUAUUUUGACACAGCAAUUGUGAUUUUGAUACAGAGAGAGAAGGAUGCAGGAAGUAGGUGUGUGAUUUCUAUGGACUCCAACAGUACAAGCAUCUAUGAUCCUAGGAAUCCAGGGCACGUGAAAACCUUCACAUUUGACCUGGCGUAUUGGUCUCACAACGGCUUUCUGAAGGAUGAGAACGGUAUGCUCAUUUCAGCAGGAUCUAGCAGUUACGCAGGUCAGAGAGAAGUCUUUUGUGAUCUUGGCCAAGGAGUGCUGCAGAGUGCCUGGCAGGGUUACAAUGCAACUCUUCUAGCAUAUGGCCAGACUGGCUCUGGGAAGAGCUACUCCAUGAUUGGGUAUGGGGCAAACAGAGGACUGGUUCCCAGUGUGUGUGAAGAGCUCUGCAAAGCAAUCCAAAGUCAGGAAAAGAACAAGCAGUACCAGAUUACUUUCAGCAUGCUGGAAAUCUAUAACGAACAGGUAAUAGACUUGCUAUCUAAGACCAGGAAGCCUGGAGGGCUGAAGAUUAGAGAAGACCAGCAACAAGGUUUUUAUGUGGAUGGUUUGAAGCUGGUGCCCUGUGAUAAUUAUGCACAGAUUGAGAGGUUAAUGGAUCAGGGGAACAAGAUGAGAACAACAGCUACGACCACCAUGAAUGCCUCCAGCAGUCGAUCCCACAUGGUUAUCACAAUCCAAUUCAAACAGAUUUUCCUAGAUGAAGCUAUCACUAAACAGUCAGUUAUCAAUCUGGUGGACCUGGCAGGAAGUGAAAGGCAAAAAUCAUCAGGAUCUGAGAAAGACAGAUUGAAGGAAGGAACACGUGUAAAUCUAAGCCUAACCACAUUAGGGAAUGUCAUCAGUGCUCUGGCUGAGGUAGCAACAGGAAAGAAAGUGCUGCAUAUCCCGUACAGGGACUCAGUGCUGACUAAACUCUUGCAAUCUGCUCUUGGGGGGAACAGCAGGACAAUCAUGAUUGCAGCCUUGAGUCCAGCAGACAUCUGCUAUGAAGAAACUUUGUCAACCUUACGAUAUGCUGAAAGGGCAAAAAAGAUCAGGAACAAAGCAGUGGUAAAUGCAAGCCCUACCAAAAAGCUUAUAAGAGAGCUGAAAGCUGAAAAUAACAGACUGUUGUCCAGAAUGGCUGGGCUCGGGAGUGCAGGGAGAGCAAUAUCCGAUGAAGCACAGCUGCAACUGCUGGCUGAGAGCGAGGGGCGGCCACGGAGCACACAGAUGACGUGGGAGGCUCGGCUGGAGGAGGCCCGGCAGGAGUGGGAGCAGCAGUACUCUGCCAUGACACAGGCCAGUGUCCCAGCAUCAUGGUUCCAGAUGCCUUAAACUCCAGUCUUUUUAGUUUAAUGUUUUUUCCUGUCUUGUAAUCUUGAAGAUUUGUCCACAUGCUUCAGAUAAGUUCAUGCGCUUCUCUGCCAGCAGUGCCCCAACACAACCUUCUUUUUAGCUUGGGAAAACUAGUGAUAAUUUAGUCCUUGGUUGUGGCUCCACGUUAUCAUAUUGAAUUUUGCAUGAGUUAAGAUAACAGAAUAGUCUGUCUGCUUCUACCACCAGUUGUACAUUAUAGCUUCUGGCUUUUAGUUUGCAAUUUUAAGGAAUCUUUACUUAAAUAAAAUGUGUCAGUGAAUGCAUGGGGCUAUGUCCAGUUAACUCUGACUUGUGUCAUUUCAAAGUCCUCAACAAGGAGAACUGAAGGUUUUCCUUUUAAAACCAGUUAUAUUAUAAACACCCUGGUACUUGGAGACUAUGAAUAUGUAUCAGAAUGCAAUCCUCUUCAGUGUUUGACAUUUAUAUUUGGUGGGGGGGGAAUGUUCUUAUGUAAGCUGCUGUAUGAUGAUUUUUCUUGUAAAAAACAAAAAACAAAACAAAACAAAAAAAACACACAAGAAAAACCCCCAAACACCAAAAACUGGACUCUAUGUGUUACAUUAGCUGUUAUUUCAAGCUUUCAGAUGCACCCACUGAAAUUAUAUAUUUCUCAUCUCUUGCACAGGAGAGGUGGAUGAUGGAAAAGUUCCCAUAUCUCCUGAAUAUCAACGAAGAUCCUCAGCUUUCAUGGGUUCUCAAGCAUUUCAUUCAGGAUGGUAGAUGUUUUUUAAAGUCCUGAAGUCAACAUAUGAAUAGUGUUUUCUGUGCUUUGACAUAAAAGACUAGUCACACUAGGAAAUUCAGCUAUUUGAGUCAAGAUUAUUUUCUUUAUUUCUUAAGCUCUUAGCAACUUUUUUCACUAUUAAGUAUGUGCUCCUUUUGAGAUCAGAGCAAGCUAUGGAAUUUUACUGAGAGUAGUAUUUCUAUUGCAAAGAAUGCUAUGAUGCACUAGAGAAGUAAGUCACAUACAAUAGAAAAGUAAGUCAUAAUAUCCAAGUCUGUUGGAUGUUGUCCACUUCUUCCCCUACAAAUGUUAAUUUGAAAAUAUGAGCCCUCAUUUUGUAAGCCGAUGAUCCAACACUAACCACAUUCCUCCUGCCUUCCUCCUUAUUGCCUGAGCAUCCAUUCCUAUGUAGGCUGUUUUUUUGCUGUUUUUCCACUGACUUAGGGCUACAGUUAAAAGAAAUAAGAUUUGUAGAUCUGGUACUCUGUUGCACAUGGGGUAUUUAGUUUGGAUGUGCUUCUCCACCAUUUGCUGGUAGUGUACCCCAGGAGUUACUGAGGGCUACCAGAUACAUUUCUAAUUAUUUUUAUGCAUUGACCCAGAGGCCACAUGGAGUGAAUCCUUUUUGUUUCUCACGAUCGAGUGUUGUCUCUAAAGAAAGAAUAACUGACUAUAUUGUCAUAUUCAAGUAGUAACACUAGAGUGAAAGGCAUAGCUCUUCAAUUGAUGCAAAGAAGAAAAGUAAAAAGGAAUGCAAAAACUUCAACACUCUUUACAUAUUGGUGUGUAAAGUGCAUAGAAUUUAUACUGGG